AGAUUCAAAUUAAUGUCUCUUGGGAAAUAGGUUUCUAUGUGAGCUCAACUUUUACCUGUUGUGUUUGGCUUUUGGUGAUCAGCGUGCGUGUGCUGACUGGUGAGUUACUGUUUGUGCAGCUUCAACAACCCAUAACACAUCUGUGUUUGUGUCUGCCCAGCUGGAAGCUAGAAAACACGGGAAGAAGCUAGCAGUUUGGACAAGAAUGAAGCACUAGAUGUGGGAGAGUAUUACCAGAGCCGAGCAAAAGAUGUAACAAUGCCAGCGAAGCUUCCAGUGAAUUUCUUCUCCACAAGAUCUCCAGUCAUUGAUCUUUUUCGGGGACAGUUAGAUUAUGCAGAUCACCUUCGUCAGGAUUCAGAAAUUGUGCUGUAUUUUUUCUAUGCACCAUGGUGUGGCCAGUCCAUUGCAGCAAGAGAAGAAAUAGAGCAUGUGGCCAGCAGAUUGUCAGACCAGGUGCUAUUUGUGGCUGUUAAUUGCUGGUGGAACCAGGGGAAAUGCAGGAAGCAGAAGCAUUUCUUUUAUUUUCCCGUGAUACAUUUAUACCAUCGGAGUUUUGGACCAAUUGAAUACAAAGGCCCUAUGAGUGCUGUUUAUAUUGAAAAGUUUGUUCGCCGGGUGAUGACACCACUACUCUACAUCUCGUCUCGAUCAAAAUUACUAGAUUUCCUCUCAAAUUAUGAGCCUGGAGUUCUGGGAUAUUUUGAGUUCAAUGCUUCACCUCAGCCUCCUGGUUACCUAACGUUCUUCACAUCAGCGUUACAUUCAUUAAAGAAAGAUUACCUUGGAACUAUACGCUUUGGGGUGAUCACGGAUAAACAUGUUGCGGAGGAGAUCUCAUUGGUGCAUUCAGGCAGCGUGUAUUUGCACAGACAUGUGAACGUGUCUCUUAUUUAUCCAAAUGACGUCAUGAACUAUACAGCUGAGAACAUUUGCAAAUGGGCUCUAGAAAAUCGGGAGGUGCUCAUACGCUGGCUGAGACCGCAUGGUGGAAAAAGCCUUCUUCUAAACAAUGAGUUGAAGAAAGGACCAGCGCUUCUCAUAUUUAUACCUUACAAUCCCUUAGCAGAAAUUCAGCCUCUUUUAGAUGAAAUUACCAAAGUGGCCUUGGAAUACCACAACUGUAAUAAAAGCGAGGCAGCUGAACCAGUUCCUCAACACUUAAGAGAUACUGAUUCACCAGUUUUUGAUUCCCCUGUACCAGAUGCACAUGCAGAAUUGUUGGAAACGUUGUCAAUAACAAAGUACCCAUGCUGUAACACAGUGGUGCUUCCUCAGUGGCAUUCAAUAUCUAGAACUCACAAUGUCUGUGAGCUUUGCAUUAAUCAGACACUUGGUGUCAAACCAAAUAAAGUCAAUGUGCCACAUUGCAAUUUUUUAGAGAUAGAAGCAGCUUUGGACUCUUUCUACCUCCAGGAACAUACCUUUGUUCAAGUUAUAUCAAAUACCAUAGAAUGCAGCAAUUUCUUAAGUUUCUAUAGUCCCUUUAACUAUUACACUGCAUGUUGCAGGACAGUAAAUAGGCAUUUUUUAGGUUUUAUUAGUUCUGAGAAGACCAUCUUUCAGACCCCUAAAGUAGCAUUUUCUUCCCAUAGGAAGAAAGAUGACACCCAAAAAUGUAUUCCUCACAUUGAGGAUAGGAAUUGUUUUAUUCCUGAUCUUCAUGAUAAUGGCACUAACAUUACUGGUCUGAGCUGCAGGACCAACAAAACCUUGAAUCUCUAUCUACUGGAUUCAAAUCUUUUUUGGAUAUAUGCAGAGAGAUUAGGAGCAUCGAGGUCUACUCAUCUUAAGGAAUUUGUUGCCAUUGUUGACCUGAAAGAAGAAGUGCACUAUGUCCUGGAUCAGAAUCAAUCGCUUAUUGGAUCGACUUUGGAGAGUUUCAUAAAAAAUUUCAGCGUUCUCUACAGUCCCUUGAAAAGGCAUCUUGUUGAUGACCCUUCAGUCCGUUUUCGUGCACAGCGCAUAAUCACUGAAGUGACUACUAGUACCUUCCAAGAUGCUGUGUUCUUGAAUGAAAAGAAUGUUUUGCUGCUCUAUUAUGCACAGUGGUGUGGAUUCUGUGCUUCUCUUAAUCACAUCUUCAUUCAGCUUGCUCGGCUUUUGCCUCCAGAUAAUUUCACUGUGGCCAGAAUCGAUAUCACUCGCAAUGACCUUCCAUGGGAAUUUAUGACAGACCAUCUCCCAACCAUUUUAUUUUUUCCUCAUCGGAGGAAGGAGCAGAGCGUGAAGUUCCCUGAAGACUUUCCAGUUAACCUUCCUAAUCUCCUUAGGUUUAUUUUACAUUACUCAAGUCUUUCUUCAUCAGACCCCUGUACCAAAGAAUGCCUGCAUAAAGAGACAGUUUUACAGCAAGGACAUAUCUCCCACUUAGAGAGAGAAAUUCAGAAGUUAAGAUCAGAAAUCAGUGCCCUACAUCAGGCCCAUGACAAGCUUGAAGAACAGCUUUUUGAAGCUAGAAGAGAGGAACAUAGACUACAGCAGCAAAAACAUGCACUGGAAAAGCAGCACAAGACCCUGCAACUCCACAGUGAGCAGUUACAGGCCACAUACGACCAGAAGAAUCAAGAAUUGCUAGCAAUGGCUGAAAAACUUCAAGAAUUGGCUGAUGCAUCAGAAAAUCUCCUUAAAGAGAAUACUUUGCUGAGAAUCCUGGUAGCAUCAAGGGAAGGAAAGCUACAGAGCAAAGAUGAAACUAAAGAACCUGCUCAGUCAGAGGAAACGCUUUCUGAUGACAAUGACUUACCAGUUUCAACAGCUGCCACCACCGCUGAGGAAAAAAGAAUUGAUAAUAUUGAUACCAUCAAGGAAGAGCACAGUAGUGAAAACAGGACAGGAUAAUUGCUUACAAAGUCAAAGUAACACAGUAUUGGGAAGGUAUUUAUGCAAAUUUUAUUGAAAUUUAUUGUAAAUAAGACUUCUCCCCUAAAUGAUCUAGAAAAAGAAAAUCAAAUGAAGUAUUUUUGUACAACUUGAACAACUUAUACCCACGUUUAAGUAGAGGGGGAGCAUGGAAAACACUUUCUGCACUUUACUGUUGCACUAACUUGCAAACACCUAUCCAUUUAACCAAAAGUUGCCAAUUUUUUUUUCUUGAGGGACAGCACUAUGAAGCACCUCUGAUUAAGGACCAGUUAUUUUUCACUGGCUUCCUCUUACAGCUGCUAGAGGAAAUGUUAAUUUGGGACCUUUGGUUUAUAUUUUUCUGGUAAUUUACAACAUUUGCCCUCUACACUCUACAUUUUUGUUGUUGGCAGAAUUAAAAUGGAGAUGUUUCAUCUGUAUAAUUAGUAAACUUGAAUGGACAAAAAUCAUCUUGCUGUAACUCUUCUAUUGCAGAACUUCAAUACUUUGUAUCACUUUUGUACACCAUUAUAUCUGUCUUAAUCUUCAAGAGCCAUAUGUGAACUGUUCUCUACUGAAACAAAACUAAAGAAAAUAUCUUACUGAAUUAUUCCUGUUCUCUUUGGUUUUAGGAAUUCUAGAAUGCAGUAGUCUAAGUGGAUGGGUCUGGCCAUACAGGCAAGUCCUAUGAGAGAACUGCCCUCUCAAAUGCUUAUAUAAAGUUGCAAGAACAGCCAUCUGUCAGCUGUUCCCCACAUUGUACUCAAGAGGCAACCCUGGGAGCUUCUUGCUACUGCCAGUAUUAGUUUUGUUUCAAAUUACAGUCUCCCAUU